ACGUGCCGGGAUGUGAGCUACCUGUCCAAGCACAUGCUGACGCACUCCAACGACAAGAACUUCAUGUGCACUGAGUGCGGGUACAUCACCAAAUGGAAGCACUACCUGAACGUCCACAUGCGCAAGCACACUGGAGAUCUCCGGUACCAAUGCAACCAGUGCUCGUACCGGUGCCACCGUGCCGACCAGCUGAGCAGCCACAAGCUGCGGCACCAGGGCAAAAGCCUGAUCUGCGAAGUGUGCGGCUUUGCUUGCAAGCGCAAGUACGAGCUGCAGAAGCACAUGCAGGCGAAGCACUCGCAGAACUACCAAGUGCCCAUCUUCCACUGCCAGCACUGCACCUACCAGACCAAGUACAAAAGCUGAACCAUGAGACCUGCAAGCACCCCAAGCAGAAGGAGUUUCGCUGUGCUCUCUGCUCCUACUGCACCUUCAGCAACACCAGCCUCUUCUUCCACAAGCGCAAGAUUCAUGGCUACGUCCCCGGUGACAAGGACUGGCUGGAAAACUACGCCAGCAAGGAGCUGGAGAUCAGCUCGUCCGAGGCGCUCUUCGGCUACGAGCUCGGCACAGCCCUGCGUGUGGAUGCCAGCUCCCCCCUCGCUGGCAAGGAGCAGUGGGCCAAGGCGAAGCCGUCCCAGCUGGAGUCACAGGAGGAAGAGGGCUACCAGCAAGCAUUUGUGGUGCCCCUCCUUGGGCAGGGUGCUGCUCUGCCGGAGAGUGGCAGAGAGGUGGAGGGAGUUGUGGGUGAGAGAGAGCAGAGCCAUCCCACUGCUGGCGAUGCCCUGGGAGAUGACUGCAUCCAAGGAGAUCCUGCCACAGGCUCAACUGAGCUCGCUGCUUCUGGGGACGUGGCGGAGAGCUGCACGUUGCACUUGGAGGCACUGAACGUCUCGUCUGACCCCCUCCUGGAGCAUUUGGCUGGAGAAGCCUGUGCGGCGCAGCCAGAGAGCGUGGAAAUGCUGUCUUGCAAGGAGCAUCCUACAGCCUACGAGAUGCUGGGGUCCCGGGAUGACCUUGGCUUGGAGGACAAUGACACUACGCUGGAAGACAUCCCAGACUUUGAGGAAGAGGAGGCAGAUGUACAGGAGGACGUGGCAGUGAGGCUGGAGGACAGGGUAGCAGCAAGAGACAGCCAGGGAAAAGACUCUGUAAGGCCGGCCACGGGCCACCUUAAGGAGUCGUGCUCAGACCACCACAAGCUGGUGGCAGACACUGAGAUGAGAGAGACCAGCCAAGCCGAGCUGCCAGAGGCCUGGCUCAGCAUGCUGAAGACAGCUGAGCAGAGCCACCCGCCUGUCCCAGAGGUCACAGCUGCCUCCAGUGACGAUGCCAGAGGCGGCUCAGAAUCAGUGCUGAAGGCACUGCGGAAGCAGGACAGGGAGGAGGUGGAGACACUGGUGCUGGAGGGCAGGGUGCAGAUGCUGGUGGUGCAAUCAGAGAGCCAGAUCUUUAAGUGUGAGAAGUGCUCGUACAUCACGCGGAAGGAGAAGUCCAUGUCCCUGCACUCCAAGGCCAGCUGCCAGAGCCGCCGGGCCCCGCUCGUGUGCCGUGAGUGCGGUGCCAGCUUUAAGCAGCAAAGAGGGCUCAACACCCAUCUCCUCAAAAAGUGCCCGGUCCUCCUGAAGAAGAACAAGAUCCUCAAACCAGCUGGUCAGGAGCCACCUGGGUUGUGCCAACCUGCUGACCAGCCUGGUGAUAACAGCACAGAAAUGGCGGAGAGCGAGAGGGCAGGCUCGGAGGAGUCUGGACAUGCCGAGAGCCCCUGGGAAGCUGAGCUGUUGCCUGAUAAAAUGCAGGCAGCAGGCAGUCCUUUGGCUGGGGAACGGGCCUUGGGCUGCCCUGUCCCUGAGAAAUCCCUGCUGGCUGACAGCACAGAGGUGGCAGAAGAGCCUCCCCAGCAAGGGGAUGGGGCUGGGCCAGAUGGAGCUGCUUGUCCCCCCCAGCCUGGGAAACCCUCAGAGAAAUACCGGCUGGAGGGGGGGAAGCUCCACUGCAAUGCCUGCUCCUUCGUGUGCUCCCGUGUCUCCACCAUCACUUCGCACGUGGAGGACGGGUGCCGGAACCUGGAGCAGUUCUGGUGCACCCUGUGCCCUGAGGCCUUCCGCUCCCGGCGGGCCCUCAGGAGUCACUGUGCCGAGAAGCACAUUGUGCAUCCUGAAGAGGCUGGACCCCAAAGCACUGAGCUCCCCAAAGGGGACCUGGACAACAUUGAGACAGGCCAGCUCAGUGACCGCCCCCUGGAUGCAGCCCCCCCGAAAUCCAUCCUGCCCAAGAGAAGGCGUUUCUCCUGCCCCACCUGCCCCUUCACCUGCCACCAGGAACGGGCCAUGAAGACGCACAAGAAGAGGGGCUGCGUGGCACUGGGUGAGUUUCGCUGCGCCUCCUGCCCCUUCACCUCCAAGGUGGCCAAAGCCCUGCGGCUGCACCGCAAGCUGCACCGCAAGCACUACAGCAAGCGGCCGCAGCUGCAGUGCCGCCAGUGCGAGUUCACCUGCAAGCAGGCCCGCUGCCUGCGGCAGCACGUCCGCAUCAAGCACGAGGGGGUGAAGCCUCACAAGUGCCGCUACUGCGAGUUCAGCACCACGCGGCGCUACCGCCUGGAGGCCCACCAGUCCCUGCACACGGGCGUGGGGCGCAUCGCCUGCGGCAUCUGCAGCCAGACCUUUGGCACCAACUCCAAGCUGCGCAUCCACCGCCUGCGGGUGCACGAGAAGACACCCACCCACUUCUGCCCGCUCUGCGACUACAGCAGCUACCUGCAGAACGACAUCACCCGCCACGUCAACAGCUGCCACCGCGGCGAGCUCAACUUCGGCUGCUCCCGCUGUGAGCCUCGCUUCAGCUCCGAGACAGCCCUCAAGCAGCACGUCCGGCGGCGGCACGAGGAGAAGGUGUCCUAUGGCUGCCUGCGCUGCGGCUUUGUGUGCCACAGUGAGGCCACGCUCAAGUGCCAUGUGCAGAAGCAGCACCCACACCUGGAGUGCAGCACCUGCAAGGAGACCUUCCCCACCCGGGAAGCACUGGAGGAGCACAAGACGCAGCAUUUCAGCCACCGCUGUGAGCUGUGCAGCUUUGCAGCCAAGGAGCGGCAGCGGCAGCAGCGGCAUUACGUGGAGAGCCACGAGCCAGCUGCCCCCCAGGACAAGCCCCUGCAGUGCCCCUUCUGUGACUUCGCCUGCUGCCACCAGCUCGUCUUUGACCAGCACAUGAAGGGCCACGGGGGCACCCGCGUGUACAAGUGCUCGGACUGCGAGUACACCACCAAGAACAGGCAGAAGAUCACGUGGCACAUCCGCAUCCACACCGGCGAGAAGCCUUACAAGUGCCACCUCUGUAAAUAUGCCUGUGCCGACCCCUCACGUCUCAAGUACCACAUGCGGAUCCACAAGUGGGUGAACCAGCUCAAGUACCACAUGACGAAACACACAGGCCUGAAGCCGUACCGCUGCGAUGAGUGCGAGUACUGCACCAACCGGGCGGACGCCCUGCGGGUGCACAAGGAGACGCGGCACCGGGAGGCCCGCUCCUUCAUCUGCGAGCAGUGCGGCAAGGCCUUCAAGACCCGCUUCCUCCUCAAGACCCACCUCAAGAAGCACAGCGAGGAGAAACCCUAUGUCUGCAACGCCUGCGGGCGGGCUUUCCGCUGGGCAGCUGGCCUGCGCCACCAUUACCUGACCCACACCAACGAGCACCCCUUCUUCUGCCGCUACUGCCCCUACAAGGCCAAGCAGAAGUUCCAGGUCAUCAAACACAUCCAGCGACAUCACCCCGAGCGUGGGGCCAGUGACCCCAGCCAAGGGGUGGGCAAGGACCCCAGCACGCCCACUGUCCACCUCCAUGCUGUGCAGAGGGAGAGGCGGGCCGAGGGGCCCCCCAGGACGGAGCAGGAAGGAGGGUGCCCCAUGGAGAAGGAUGGCACUUCGCAGUGAGGCCAAAUCCUGACUGCUUUAAGGCCUCAGUGGUGCAGGCCUGCUGCAGAGAUGUAUGUGUGUGUAUAGGCAUAUAUGUAUAUGGGAUG